AUGGGAGGGCCGACUUCGGUAUUUGAAGGCAGGCUCGGGCGGAAAAACGGUAGGCGAUCAAUUUGCGGUCCAGUCGUUGACCGACUUCACAAGGACGGCACAGGCUGCCGCGAGGCAGACAAGCCAGACGAGCCGCACCCCAAUUGCAAGGUUAUGAGCCAGACCAGGCAGCAGAUGAGGCGUCGAAAUUUGCAAAAAAAAACGAGGGGAAAUCCGAGUUUGGGUUCGUAUCUUCGUAACGUGGAACGAAAGAUCAUCCCAAGCUAUUUUUGCCAUGCCUCUGGGGCAUUGAUCAGUAUUGGGGAUACUCGAUCUGAGGAGGUUCGGUUUUCUGGUCCGCGAACCUCUGUCAGGCUGUACUUGACGCACUCUUGUCUGUCGCCUAAGAGGAGACCUGGCUUGAGACUUCUCACCGGUCUCGAGAAUGAGAUCCAGUCUUAG